AUGGCUUCAGGGAAGGAAGACGAGACAGAGGAUAAAGAAGAAGACAAAGAAGACAAAGAAGAAGAGAUGAGUAAACUCUCCCGCGCGAUGGCAACCGCGAGACAGAACGAAAAGUUAGGCUUUUCUCCGGGCUACGUAAAAGGAGGUGGUGGUGGUGGUGGUGGUGUGUCCUCCUCUGUUUCCUCUUUGUUAUCCGCGGAAGAAUCCGCCGAGGCUGCGUUUGCAGAUUUGAUAAACACGAGCGCGAACGACGAAAGAAAGGAAGGUGAUAAUGAUGUAAAAAAACUAAACCUCUCGGAACUUGCGAAAGGCAGUCGCAUGAGCGAGGAAGCCGUCCGGCAAAAAGAUACGAACAUUGGAGGCGUUCUCGGUGAUUUAAUCAACUUAGGAUCCAUUUUGCUCAAAGGAGGACACAUCGUCAAGAAGAAAGACGGACGCGUUUGA